CCCUGGGCCCUUCGGGUGUUUUCCGCCUCGGAAGCCGCCGAUGGCGAAGCACGUGAUCCGCUGCCCGGACGACCUGCAGAAAGUGGCGGCCAAAGCGCCGAAUGCGCAGGUGGUGAUCCCCGAGCUGGCGGAUGAGGAAAGCCCGGAGGGCUGGCAGAUCUUGGGACAGACGCCUCAUCGGGUGGAGGCCUCCGUUCAGGAGAUGCUGUCCAAGGCGCUCCACGACCUUCAGCACGAGAUCCCAGAGCAGGUCCGAGACCUGCCACAGGUGAAGGAGCAGGUCUCCAAGUUGCAGGAGCUCCUCAGCUGCUCCAAGGAGUUUUCGAUGGAGAUCCGGGAUGCGACUGUGAUCGACCAGGCGGACAUUGGCUCGAAGACGGACGUUCAGAAAGAGGAUGAGGCGCCCUCUUGGGUCCAGGCGUUUCUGGAGGGCUGCGAUGCCCGCGAGCACGGGCCAUCCCAGUGGAAGGACCCGCCGUCCUCGACGCCAAUCGAGCUGGGCUCCGCGCCUUCGCUGCGGCGCUGCGUGAUCGCGCCGGGCAACGGGUGCUCGCCGGUGGCGGAGGCCAAUUGGUACGCCUGGCUGGCCGCGCAGCUGAGGUCUUCGGGCGUCUUCGAGGAGGUGAUCUUGAGGGAUUUCCCGGAUCCGGACGCCGCGCGCCGGGAGGUGUGGCUGGGCUUUUUGAAGGAUCUGCGCGUGGGCGUGGACACGGUGCUCGUAGGUCACUCCUCAGGUGCUCAGGCGGCCAUGCGCCUGGCGGAGGAACAGAUCGUGGGUGGCCUGGUGCUGGUCGCCGCCUGCCACAGCGACCUGGGGGACGCGGGGGAGCGCGCGUCGGGGUACUACCCUCCCUCUGGGGGGCCCUGGCAAUGGGACAAGAUCCGGCAGCACUGCGGCUGGAUCGUCCAGUUCCACUCCUCGGACGACUGUUUGGUGCCGGUGGUCGAGGGCCGCCGAGUGGCGAAGGAGCUGCAGAGCGAGUUCCACGAGCUUCAAGGCCAUUCCCACUUCUUUGAGCCGUUCGAGGAGAUUCUGGAAGCCAUUGUGCAGAAAUGCCGCGACUGAACGAGAAAA